AUGCUCUACCAGCAUAUCCCAUUGAAGAGUAACUCGCAAACGAGGGUGUUGGUUCUCCAGCCUGCUCAAGAAAAGUCGGAGGUUCUGGUUGGAUCUUUGAGAGUAUGUGACCUACAAAAGUCGCUGGGAUUCAUCAUCCCAUCUUCUCCAUUUGAGGCCCUCUCCUAUGUCUGGGGUCCUCCAAGCGCGAUGCACACCCUCACGCUCGGUACUGCGUCUCUGCCUAUCACAGCCAACUGCGAUGCUGCACUGAGAGAGCUGAGAUGGCCCUCUAAAGAGCGCCAUCUCUGGAUCGACAGCGUUUGCAUAGACCAGACGGACGGUGGCAUCCAAGAAAGGAACAUCCAAGUUGCUAUGAUGGGUGACAUCUAUGAAGCAGCUUCUGAUGUCCUGGUUUGGCUUGGUCCAAGCGACGAGAAGACUACGGCACUCUUGCGACACUUUAAGCGGCUGUAUCUAAUUCAGGAUGACUUUUGGGAAGACCUUGCGCUUACAUUCGCAGAGGACAAGUGGAAAACGUCACAGAUGUGGGCUGUCCAAGAAAUCAUCGAAGAUCUCCUCAGCAGAACUUGGUUUGAGAGAAUGUGGACCCUCCAAGAGCUUCUGCUCGCAAACCACGCUACAGUCAUGUGUGGCACUCAGUCCAUGUCAUGGGAUGCGCUCUGCCAGGCUUUGGAGCUCAUCGAGGCCUCGUUUCCCUUGUCGAGUAAGGGAACUCGGAACUUUGUGAACUGCUUCUACGCGUGCUCCGACUUCAAAGAGAUGUUGGAGAACAUUGAAAACAGCGAGGCUGACGAUGGAGCUAAAGUGCUUUCGAGGAUGGUUCAUCAUUCGAGAAUCAGACACGCCACAAACCCCAAGGACAAGAUCUUUGCACUCUACGGCCUCUCACAGAAGCUGAAGAAGCCCAUGCCGCAGCCUGACUACACUCAAUCCAUUGCAGAGAUAUACACCAAGGCCACUGUUGCUAUCAUGCAGCAAGACAACUCUCUCUGGCCACUGGAGAACUUGUGGAGCGAGAACCGGCGAGGUGAUCUUCCUUCAUGGGUCCCGGACUGGAGUGAGGACUCCCGCUGGUCCGAUGAUCUCAAUCAGGACUUUGGGCAUAUUCCUUUGGAUUAUGCAGAUCGCGACAUCCCUUCUCACUGGGAUGGACCAACAGAGCCAACCGCGGCGAUCAAGAUAUCUCCCGACUACAACAAACUCACCCUCAGCGGCAGGGAAAUAGGAGUUGUUGAUCAUGUGUUUGACGAUUCCAACAGAGUGCAAGCUCAAACCGAAGCCAUCGCUGCAUCUAAUGAGACUGUCGAGUAUGAACUGGUGAUGCGAAAGCACGGAGCAGAGACAAUCAAGCUCUUCCGAAGGCUAUGCUCGCGUGGGUCUGAGGGAGACCAGUCUGAAGCUCAACUCUGUCAGUUGUUGCUCACAAACAACCCAACACAACCUGAGACAUCCUUCAUGUCAGGACUCCGAGCUCUGAAAUGCGUGUUUGAGACAGAAGCAUCCGAGAAGAACCGACGGUAUAUCUUUACUCGAGCAAGAAACAAACUGAUGAGAGCCACAAAUCAGACGAGAGCUACAAAUGAGAUGAGAGCUACAAAUCGGAUGAGUAGGGAUCCGCAAGUCCUAUCCUACGUUGAGUCUGAUGUCGAUGCUGCACUCGACGUCAUCUUUGGCGAAUCUGAUGUUGAUAGUCACGAGUCAUGGAUAGAAGGCGACUGCGAUAGAUCGUUGUUCAACUCUUUGAUAUCUGCUGCUAGCCUUUACCGUCUGGUUAGGGGCCUUUGGAUUAAGAGGUCGAUCUUCACAACAGACACGGAGCUCCUCGGGUAUGCCCAUGGACGAGUCUUCAAAGGCGAUAGGGUGGCCAUGUUUGUUGGUGCCGAUGUUCCAAGUGUGAUCAGGCCUUGCGGGGGAGAGUUUAGGAUCCAGGGGCCUGCUGUUGUCAAGGCAAGAGGGAGCAUUGUGGAUGUUCUUCAAGGCUCGUCGUUGGAAGAAUUUGUAUUGCUCUAG